AUGGUUUGGGGAGGCAAUGACAACGCAGUACAGAAAUGGGUCAAGCAACUCAACGAAAAUGAUCCCAAAUUAACUACGCUCCACAUUCUCAGCAUGCGACGUCUCUCACAAGACGAUUUAAAAUCCAUUUUCGCUGCCUUGGCUCAUAACACCACACUCAAAGUUCUCUACUGCUCCGGCCAUGCCCUUGAACAAGAAGCCAUGGAUCAGCUUAGUGAGGCACUGACCUUGAACGAUACAUUGGAAACCCUUAACAUUGGCAAUGCAGAACUCGGUCAACGCGACGAUCUAUUGCACAUUUUCGGUGAAGGCCUUGCUGUCAAUGAAGGCUUGCACCAUCUCGAUCUCGAAAAUAAAGGUCUUAGUGACGCUUCUCUCACAGCGCUUGCACCGGCACUGGCGAAAAACACGACUUUACGAUCGCUUAACUUGGCGCGUAACGAACUUACAAAUGCUAUCGAGCCACUGGAUACCUUGCGGUGCCUGAACCUGGCCGGCAACAAGAUUGAGACGCAGCUGGAGCGCCUUAAUGUGUCCAACAAUCCACUCAUGGAAAGCGCUGGCGCUCUAACAGCAGCUCUGGCAAACAACACGGCUCUCAAAUCAUUCAAGCUUAUGGGCAUCACUGCAUUAAACAGCGAUAAUGAAGAAGAUGAUAUUGCCGAUUCUAUUCAUGGCAAUGCCCUGAUGCAAAAUUUGGCCGAAGCGCUCAAGAUCAACCGUAGGUUGACCCGGGUAUGGCUCGACAGAAACGGAAUCGAAUCGCAAGCCUUGGAAAGCCUAAGCACCACACUUGCACCAUCUGGUUUGACCGAACUUCGGUUAAGAAAUAACAGGGUGGAUGAUCAAGGUGCGAAAUGGCUGGCCCAAGCAAGUGCCCACGAUCGUCGCGUACAUUUGGAUUUGGGUAGCAAUGCUAUUGGUUACGAAGGAUUUGGCGCGUUGCUCGAUACGGCUUCGAUUCGACAUCUCGAAUUAAAGACAAGCGCUGUGGAAUCACUGGAUGUUGGGUGCAAUGGGAUCACAGUCGAUGACCUUGAAGCCAUUGUGACCGUGCUGUUGCAGGAGGGUGUACCACAGCUCCGAUUACUUGAAAUGGGCGGUAACGCAAAAGAGGAAGAGACGGAGGCAUGGGAAGCAGCAAUUGCCCGUUUACAGGCUGAACGUGAAGAAUUGGAUGUUGCUUGGAAGCGCUUCAUGCAGGAACAGCAAUAG